AUGCUGGACAAGGAGGAGAAACCGAUCAUGGCGUUCGGUGUGAUCGCGGACAUCCAGUAUGCCGAUGCUGAGGACGGCACAAACUUCGACAAAUCUGCUGUCAGACGUUAUCGAAACAGCCUCAGGGUAUUAGAUGGAGCCGUGGCGGACUGGAACGCCGAGAAGCAUUCUCUUGAUGUCAUAGUUCAGCUAGGUGACAUCAUUGACGGUAUGAACUGGAAGUUGCAGAGCUCCACCAAGGCUCUCGAUGACGUCAUGCAGCAUUUCUCAAAGCUGCAGUGCGAUAAGGUCAUUCACGUGAUAGGGAAUCACGAGCUGUACAACUUCGACCGAGGGACUCUGAGAGAUCGCCUACUGAAGCCAUGGAGACAGAGCCAUGACUACUUCUCGGUCUCACCCGUCCCAGGGAUCAAGUUGGUGGUGAUUGAUUCAUAUGAUGUGUCCACCAUAGGAGCAACUUCAGAGGAGUAUCACUCUCUCGCACUUGAGAUACUCAAGGCAAAUAAUCCUAAUGACACCAGCAAGAACGGGGACUGGAAGCAUGGCCUAGAGGGAGUGGAAAAGCGAUUUGUCCCGUACAACGGGGGUGUAGGAAACGAGCUCAAGUUGAAAUGGUUGGAGCAAGAGCUGGCAGAGGCUGAGGAGGCUGGCCAAGUUGUGAUCAUUCUCUCGCACAUCUCAGUCCAUCCUGAAUCGUGCUCUCAAUCUUGCCUGGUCUGGAACUAUCAAGAUCUCCUGCAGAUGUUUCAGUCCUCAAGCUGUGUUGUUGCUGUGUUCUCAGGUCAUGAUCACAAGGGAGGGUACGCCGUUGACGAGUAUGGAAUCCACCAUGUCACAGUACAGUCUCCUUUAGAGUGUCUCCCGGAGUCAAGCGCUUAUGGAACAGUUCACGUGUAUCAGGACCGACUGCGCCUUCAAGGUCGUGGGGACGUGCCUUCUCGGGAAAUGUGGUUUCGGUCGAGUAAGACUCACCAGCACGGGAAGGAUGCGAAACAUUGA